AUGACUACUGCAAUUGACUUUGACGUAGAUGAGCCUCUGACAAGCUCAGUUAAGCCCUUGACCAACGCUACAAUCACGGUAAGGGUGAUAAAAUCGUUCCCAUACAGAAAUGUCAAGAAUAUUGUGUUCAACGACUAUAACCUACUUGAAAAAAGUGCGAGAGACCUCAUGGAAGACUCCGUCGCUCAUAUCAAAUCCACAGGCGGGUUCAGAGCGUUUCGCAACGUGGACUACGAUACGUUGAAGGUGUACACACAUGCUCACGGUUCCAAGACCGUGAACUUGGUGAUAAAUUUCGAUCAUGAUGACUGGGUUUUUGAGAAUAUGGAUAAGAAAUUGGUUGAUUACGACGUUGGCAACGAAACGGAAAUCUCACUUUUCAACAGGCAAGCCUAUCUGGAUUUCAAAGCCAACCCUGAGGAGAAGUGGCUGUAA